AGUAGCUUGGAAUGCACGGGACGGCUCAUCGUUGCUGCUGCCAUUUGCAGCACGUCACGCGAUUGUUACCGGUACGAAGCGUUCACGGUGACAGUUAAAUGGAACGUUAAAUUCGAUCACCACCCGUCAACCGUCGGCUGUAGUGGUGCGAUUUGGAGUGUUUUUCGGCUAAAGAAGUCGCCCAUGUGAAGGCAACGUAAACAAAAUCAACCCAUCGACCCGAUUGAGUGUCGAUUCGUCUAUUCAUAUCAAACGCCUAAUAAUUGUUGAAUAGUGCAUGAAAGUGUAUAUUUGCAGGUGUGUGUUUAAGGUGGAGGUUUAAGUGUUGUGCUGUGGAAUCGUUUACGCGGUUGAUUGGCUGCGGAAGUGAAAAGAAAAAGUGAAAAUCAUCCUCUAAUUUGUGUAACAACGCAACAAUGCUGAGUCAAUGUUAGAAAAAAGUGUGAAACAGUGAGAGUCUUUGAGCCUACGGUAAGGGCCGAGGUACGGCCAAAGUCACGCAACAAAUACUACGCCCCUUAGCCUCAGUACAAAGCGUUUUUCAAACAAAAAGUGUGUAUUAAUUAAAAUUUAUGUCCUAUGGGAGAUUGGAAUCUGGGAGUCCAGGCGUAAGGGUGAACGGUUCAUCUGCCUGGAAGGUUGCAUUAUGUGUCCGGGCUUACCGUAAGCCGUAGAAGCACUAUUGCCUGCGACCAGAAGAUACUGUGCUUCGACAACAAUGAGGAAGCCUCGCCCGGGAUCAUUAUACCGUUGGCUGACGGUAUGCCGAAAUGGGAAACUUGCCGACGGCAUUGGCAAACGCAACAUUAGCAAGUGUACCAUCGUUGGACUGCAGUUACUUCUGAUGCUUCACACUAUUGAAGCUCUUCACAAUCCACGUAUCAUAGAGCAUCCAAUAGACACCACCGUGCCACGCCAUGAACCGGCCACACUCAACUGCAAAGCCGAAGGGAUACCCCAACCAACGAUCCAGUGGUACAAGGAUGGCGCGCCGUUGAAAAUACUGCAGGGAUCGCACCGAAUAGCUCUGCCUGCCGGUGGUUUGUUUUUUCUGAAGGUUGUAAACUCCCGGCGAGAGAGCGAUGCCGGCGUGUACUGGUGCGAGGCACGGAACGAGAACGGAAUUGCCAGGAGUAGGAACGCUACCUUACAAGUAGCAGUACUAAGAGAAGAAUUCAGGCUCGAACCACAGCAUACACGAGUGGCACAGGGCGAAACGGUGCUGCUCGAAUGUGGUCCACCGAAGGGCAUUCCUGAGCCUACACUGUCGUGGCGAAAGAAUGGCCAAAAGCUGGAAGUGGAAUCCUCGAAACGAAUACGCAUUGUGGAUGGAGGAAACCUAGCUAUACAAGACGUACGACAAACCGACGAAGGACAGUACCAAUGUAUCGCAAAGAACUUAGUUGGCGUACGGGAGUCGGCGACCGCAUUUCUCAAAGUUCAUGUGAAACCAUUUCUGAUACGCGGACCUCACGAUCAAACUGUCGUCGAGGGUGCAUCUGUCACAUUUCAAUGUCGCGUUGGAGGAGAUCCCAUGCCGGACGUGCUAUGGCGUCGAUCGGCUUCGGGAGGCAACAUGCCACUAGAUCGGGUACACAUUCUCGAAGAUAGAAGCCUUCGGUUAGAAAAUGUUAUUAUAGACGACGAGGGCGAGUACAGUUGUGAGGCGGACAAUGCUGUGGGUGCCAUCUCAGCAACUGGCACAUUGACCGUCCAUGCCCCGCCUCAUCUUUCGAUAAGACCUGUGCCGCAGAUUGUUGAAGCUCCGCACGACGUUUCGUUCGAAUGUAAGUCCGAAGGUCGACCGAAACCGACGACGUUUUGGUCGAUCGAAGGUAACCGAACUUUGAUCUUUCCCGGCACGUCGUUCGAUCGGUUCGAAACGACGUACACUCAGGAAAGUCUCACCGUGUUAACGAUCUCACAAACGACCAAGUCCGACAACGGGCUCGUGGUCGUUUGCAGUGCCGUUAACAGCGUUGGUUCGAUCAGUGUCCGUGCCCGGCUCAUGGUAGCUUCGCAGGACGACCGACCGCCUCCGAUUAUUAUUCUUGGCCCAACCAACCAAACACUGCCGGCCAAAUCAGCCGUAUCGAUGGUUUGCAAUGCCGUCGGUAAUCCCAAUCCCUUCAUCUCCUGGUAUCUGGACGGUAAUCCGGUCGUUCCCUCGGAACGGAUCAAUGUGACGGAAAAUGGAACGCUUUUGCUGCGAGAGCUGGAGAAAAGCACCGACCAGGGACUGUACACCUGUGUGGCGAGCAGUCGCAGCGGAAAAUCUACGUGGAGUGCUUACUUGCGCGUGGAAUCGCCUACCAAUCCGAAUGUAGUUUUUUUCCGCGCACCUGAACCAUCGGAAUUUCCAAGUGCGCCGGGAAAACCGCAAAUCGUUAACGCCAACAACAGUUCCAUCACGAUAUCCUGGUUGCCGAGCAUUAAAUCCGGCGCGUCCGACAUCAACGGUUACCUGAUUGAAGUAUUCUCGAGCGAUAUGGCCAAGGGAUGGACAACAGUGCCGUACAAGAUCUCAUCGACCAGCUACAAUUACUCGCCCGUCUCUCCCAACGUUAGCUACAUUUUUAUCGUUCGUGCCGAGAAUGACCAGGGUCUCGGCAUUCCAAGCCUCAUGUCGGAUCCAGUGACAAUCGGUAGAGAAUUCAAUCACGGCGAGGACAUCAAUCUCAGCGAAGCACAGGCCACUCUUUCGUCGGGUCAGGUGGUCAAUCUCCUAGAGGCCAAUGCCACCGAUGCGACCAGUGUGCGGUUGGUGUGGGAGAUCGUUAACAGCCAGUACGUGGAAGGGUUUUACAUCUAUUCGCGAAAGAUAAACUCCAACGGAACGUACCGAACUUUGACGGUGCUGCAUGGUGGAGGUGCUUCCGCGUGCACUAUCAAUGGCCUCGAGAAGUUUACCCAGUACGAAUUUUUCCUGGUGCCAUUCUUCAAAACGAUCCAAGGUCGCCCGUCAAAUUCGAGGUCGGCAUGCACCCUGGAAGAUGCUCCAACGGCACCACCAAUAAAUCUGGAAGCAGUACUGCUGAACACCUCUGCUGUGUACCUCAAGUGGGAUCCUCCAAGUAACAACAGUAUACAUGGAAAAUUGAAACACUAUCACAUCAUCAUUCGAGGCUAUGAUGUUCACAACAUAUCGAAAGUUCUCACAAACAUGACGGUCGACGGCGAAGCACCGAAGCUGCUGCUGGCAAAUUUGUCUGCUGGUGUCACCUACUCUGUCAGUAUUGCAGCAUCCACCAAAGUCGGCAUCGGUCCGUACAGUAUUCCUUCCAUUUUGAGGUUGGAUCCACACACGAGACGACUGGACCAUGGGUAUACAAGAUACCCAAUAAACCACGACUACUCGCACGAUAUACUGACGCAAACGUGGUUCAUUAUACUGCUCGGUUCCAUCAUUGCCAUUAUCGUCUUCCUGUUCGGUGCCAUCAUCAUUUUCCGCAGGAUACAAUUUAUGAAGCACAGCUCGUUGAACAAUAUGCACGGUAAUCACUCAAUCGGAACUGUUCGAAAGUUUCCUACACUACCGCUGAACCCGAAUGGCGUGUGGAUCGAUCCGGGAGGUGGCGUAUGGCGCCAGGCGACUGAUAUCACCAAGGAAGUCAUCACCGAUUAUGCUCAGGUUUCAGCCGCACCGACGCUACCGCUCCCAGACUACGAACGACUGUCCCCGCUGAAUAUGCCUGACUACGCGGAAGUGGCCGGUUGUUCAUCAUUCAAAAACGAUCUGGGACAAUCGGACCCAUGCUAUGACAACUACGGUGCGUAUGCGUCGACCACGCUGGUCGGCCGCUCGGUCCAACGGUUCGCCCAAAAUCAAUUCGAUGGCAAAAAUGUCUACUCAGCGCCCGCCCUUGCAACGGCCGCCACAGCAGCUCCCGGCGGAUGUCACUACAAUAAUUUCAUAAAUCAACAACAUCAGCAGCGGCACCAGCAGCAACUCCAGCAAGCCCAGUACGGUCUCCACGGACCGCAGCAGCAGCAGCAGCAGCAGCAGCAGAUGCAUGCUCAGAUACAGUCGCAACCGCACCAGCAACAAAUCGGAGUGCACGAUAAACGGGAGCGAGACGCGAACGGACGGCCGGUGGGAGGUGGUGGUGGUAACGGCGGUGGUAGCAUGAAAAGCCAGAAAAUGAACAUCAUCGAAAAUCGGAUGGCCGACAUGUUGAACAAUUUGAAUCAAUGCUCGUCGACGGGCCCUACGGCAAGCUACCGUACCGGUGGCAUGGGUGGCAUGGGAUCAUCAUCGUACGGUGGCUCAACGGUAAGUAAUCUCAACAGUGGCAGCCACUGUAGCCUACUUCCGGCCGGCCAACCGAUGGCAGCCUCGUCAACGCUGACGAUGGAUGCGAUGAACAGUUUGUCUGGGACCGUUCCAACAAGCAAUGGUAGUGGUCCGGGUGGAGGUGGUAGCAGCAGUGUACCGCAUACACCGCUUUUUGGCACGAUUAAACGAACGACCAAGUACAACAAAAUAGGCUACAAUAAGGAUAAUAAACUCAAUUUUGGCGAUAAUGGUCGAUCGGUUGAGCAGCCGUUGUUCGUCAAGUCGAAGUACGACGGUACCUGGUCGUCCGUGCCGAGCUCAGUCACGACGGCGUCGGCAACCAGCAUCAACAUGAUUAAUAAUUCGCCAUAUCAACAUCAGCAACAGCAGCAGCAUCAUCCACUUCCGCCCCAUCCGAAUGCCAGCAGCGGCCAUCAGCAGCAGCAGCAGCCUUUGACGACAACAGGCCCACCGCCUCCCCCUCCACCACCCCAACCGCCAGCAUCUCAGCAAGCGCCUUCAGUAGUUCAUCACUUCCCUUCGGGUAGCCACCACCACCAUCAUCACCCGGCGGCCGUUUCGUCGUUCCACGUCGGAAAAGAAUCAUCCCGAUCGCCAUCUCGCGUUUCACCAACGAACCAUGGCAUGCAAACAAAUAAUUUAGAUAAUCAUCCAAUACAGGAGUGCAACAAUGGAGCCAACACAAUCACUAAUGGCCAGGAAGCGUCUACCAGUUUCGCUGGCAACACGCACCAUUCGUUGCAGCAACCGAACUAUUCGAUGGGUAGUAUGGGAACGGACAAUGUAUAAAUUUGAUUUACCUAGCUGCUUUAGUUAUAAUUGCGCAUCAUAAUACGAUGUUUGGUUUUGUUCCUUCGUCAUGACCACAAUCCGUUGUCCGUUAUCCGUUAUACAAGUUUCAACGAAAAACUUAAUUUUUUUAUUAAUUUACUAUAUUACUUUUGUAUAGUUUUUUAAGUUUUUCAUAAAGAAUAUUGAUUAUUUGGUGAUUGUAAUUUUGUUUCUUAAGUAAAGUAUGAACUUCUUAAACGUUAAAAUAUACAAUUCAGUUUUUUCAUCUUAUCUGAUGCGUUUUGAUAACAUGGAACAUGGUGAGAUAGCAAGAAGGAUGUAAUAUGUUGUUCCAUCUAGUAGGUAUGUUAGUAGUAAUCGAUGCUUCAACAGCAUGUACAUAAUGCAAAUACAUCGCUUAUACUAUGUAUAACCUGACAAACGCUUUUGUUUGUUCCAAUUAUGGGACGACUUUGUUUUGAUCACAAUCGCAUCAGCAGUACAGUUCUGCCACCUGAAGUAGUAUUAACAGCAGUGAAGCCACAUUUUCAUAGAGUAUCGAAGUAAUGCGCAGGUAUGGUAAGAGGUGAUGACGAAAAAUGCAUCAUGAACGACUCUUGGUAGAGCAAAGAUUCCCCACACCAGAACUAUUUUCCCUUACGCUAGCUUACGUACAAUCCAUUCGGGGGAGCAAUAUGGCGUCAAUAUGGAAGGCGGCACACCUAAAUGACACAUAUCGAAACAAACCUAUCGCGGCCAAUGCUUCAACGUUUUAUUAGGUUUGCAGAUCGAUGACCAAAUCAUUUCACGGGUUCUCUUAAACUACCUUGUUUAGCCUUUAUACAUAAUUCUAGCUCUUGCUCAUUCGAUUACGACUUUACUGAAAUGGUACCGAAAGCCGGCUUUCAAAUAGUAGAACAUGGCACGAUCGUUUGAAAGAAUUGUUGAAGUAUUAUGAUAGUGAUUUCCUGAACCUUUAAACAAUUAUAAUAUAUCCUUCACCUUCACCUUAACCAAAAGCGUGGACUCGGACAAUGAGUCCCUUAACCUUAGUUUUGCAUGUCGCAAACCAUGCAUUGCUUCGUAGCAAACAAACUAGGCCUACAAUGGAUUUGGCAGCAGUCCAAACAAAUACCAAUAGGGAAAAAAGACAUAUUUUGGCCAAUUCCUUCCGUUAUCCCCUGUACCGUAGCUAUCAAAAUUAUGUGAGCGAAGCGAAAAUCAUUUGACUGAGUAACAUAAUUGACAACAUGGAACGUAGGAAAUGAAAUACACAGAUAAAUUAUCCUGCCAUUGAAACCUAUUGCUAUUAUUAACAGGUAAAUUGUAGGCCGACUACUUCCACUAGUGAUUUUCCUUACAGCGAUGGGAGCGGAAGAUAUAGGAAUAGGGAAAGAAAAAUGAGAAUUGUAAGGCUCGCAAGGUGUUGAAAGGAACAUACAUUUCGUGCAUGAAUGCGCCCUCAUGAGAUGGCAAGCGAGGAGACAAAACGUGAAAUAAAAAUGAUGAUAUUUUGAACGAAAAGAAAA